AUGCCGCUGCCCCAGAGCCUCCUACGGUUCUCUCCUCUGCCCCUGCUCAUUCCCAGAGCCGCGGGCGCUCGGCACUGUCCUCCUCCUGGGAUCCUGCAAGCAGCCGUGGCCCACGCCCAGCCGGUCCAGUCUCCUUUCCCUCCAGCUCCUGGGCUCUCACCACUUCUGCAGCUGGAUAUUUCCAAAUUCCUGACCAAUGAAUGGCCUCUGUCCAAGGUAGCUUCAAAUAGCAGCUCAUUGAUUGAAAUAAUCACCAAGAUCCAGAAAGUAGAUCUGGGCCUUGGGCUCCCUGAGAAAAAAAAGAAGAAGGUAGUCAAAGAACCAGAAACUCAACACUCAAUUAUAAAUGAGGGGAAUUAUUUUGCUGGUACUUCUGUGAGGGCCACAUAUCCCUCUAGGACUGUGAGCCGAGAGCAGGCACCCCGAAUGCCCUUGGUGAAGAAAAAGAAGAAAACAGGCCACAGCACCUUUUGUGGUGAGCUCCCAGAAUCUGAGCCCACAUCACAAUGAGCCAGAAAAGAGAAGUCACCCAGCUCCAGGAAGCAGGCGCUUGACCACUGCAGAGUCCGCAAGCUAAAGACCUCCCCCAAGCCCAGGCAAGGUGAAGGGGCAACCAGAGCUGGCAAGAAGCUCAAAAAACACAAGAAGGAAAAAAAGUCUCAAGGUAGCACAGCCCGCUCCAUCCGACCCUGGCUCUGCGAGGCGGGAGAUGCUCUGUACAGAUGCGCGGUGGGGAAGGAGGCCAAGGAGCAGGCAGCCUUGGGACAGAAAUGGAAGCAGGGCAGCUCCAGAGAGCAUAGCAGGAAAGUGGGGGAGAAGAAAGUCCACCAGGAGGAAGACACCCUCCUAGGCCACCCCGAGCUCUCCGGGUCCAGGAGAACCAGCCCUAGGAAAAGAAAGAAGAAAAAGAAGAAGCCAGUGAGGACUGAGGUGCUAGAGUACAUCCCAAUAGGAGAGCACCCUAAGGCCCCGGGGGAGAAGAAAACAAAGGCUCAGAAAAAGGAAGAAAAAGAAGAAGAGAGCACGGUAGCAGUAGACCCUUGGAAGGCGGAGCUAGACACAGACCUGCAGGUGGUGAUGGAGAAGAAAGGCAACAUGAACAAGGCGCCCAUAGACCAGGUGAAGCGAAAGGCCUUGCAAGAAGAGGCUGAUCAGGAGUCCGGCACGACAGAAGCAUCUGAACCCAGGAAGUGGACGGGAACCCAGUUUGGCCAGUGGGACACUGCAGGUUUUGAAAACAAGGAACAGAAACUGAAAUUUCUCAAGCUAAUGGAUAGCUUUGAGAAUCUACCCCCUUCGGCCGGCUGCUCCCCUAGCGUGACUGCAAGGCCCAGCAUGGCCCUCAGCAAGGCAGUAGCCAACACCCUGCAGCAGAAGUUGCAGCAGGACUACGACCAGGCCAUAAGCUGCAGGCAUAGCUGGGGCAUAGGACUUGGCUUCUCUGCCACGCCCAACAGGGUCUUCUGCACUGACAAGAAUGCAUCCAGGUCUGUCAGGUUGGAAGCUUACAUGCUAAUGUCUUCUACUCAAACAGCUCAGAUGGCUUCUCUCAUAGUUUUGCAGAUGAAAGGCGCCUAG